GUAUUUUGCCGACACUCUCGCCCACAAUGAGAAUGGCGGCAUUACCAAUCCAGGAGGCCGAGUGGAGUCGACGACGAAUCAGCAUCCUCCAUCACGGUUGCCUUCACCGAUCGCCAACAAUCAGCCCUCCUCCGUUGCUUGCACCCCUGCAACUCCUGCCGUGCCUUCCGGAAACACCUACAAAGAUCCUCAGUCAUACGUUCAUCCACAUGCCUUACCGGAGAGUCCACCGGACAGUGGAAGUGAACCGCCCUACUCACCACCCGGCCAUCACGAUUCCCAAAAUGUACACUCCCCACAUCAAAAAGCAGCGCUUCAAGAAAUGCUAUUACACCAUCCAGGAAGUACGCCGAACUAUUCGUCAGGUUUAUUACCACCUUCUCCCAGAGCAUUGGCACCGUCGACGGAUCCAAUCUUGCUAACGCAUGUUUUGACACCACUACUAACUCCAAGUACUCCUACACUACUUUCGCAACAGCAACUAGGAGCUCCUUUAGUGCCAUUGCCACAUGAACACAAUACUGGGGGCAUCACUACUCUCUACUCGUCUCUUCAAUCUGCCCCAAAAAAGAGAAAACUCAGUCAAGAUGGACUUGUCCACGUGAAACAA